AUAAUAUAUAUAAAUAUUUUUUUUUCAUUGUUUUUAUUAUUAUUAUUAUUACCGUCUGAAUAUAAAUACUAAUGAACUGCGACAAUUACAAAAACGUUUACGACCGUGUUUAUCACACACCGGCCGAAUGGUGUCGCAAUAACGAUCAGCAGAUAAAGGCGGCCGAGACGCAACAAGAAUGGGCCGAGAGACUAACGGUCGAGGCCGACCGGCAAAUCGUACAGGCCAAAGACUCGGUGGUGAAAAACAAAUUGGAAAUCGACCACCAGUCCAAGGUGAAAGUCAAGGAUAUCGAGUUCAAACGCAAAGAAAUCGAAAACAAGAAAGGCGAUUUGGAAGAAGAAAUCGAAACGCUGUCUGGGUACAAGACGCGCAUAGAAAACGCUAACCGUUCACUUGUGGGCGACGCUUUGGACGUUAUCGCCGAGUGCGUUAGGCUCAGGAGUCAGCGUGUCGGCAUUGACUUGGUGUUGGACGACGUGGAAAAAGAACUGUUGCGCGAACGCCAGUUGAUUGUGGGCAUUAACGAGCGGCUGGAAGACCUGCUCGACAAAGUCGUGCUACAACUCAGGAAACUCAGGUCGUUCGUGUACAACUUGUCCGUGGACUUGCAGUACAAGCACAACGUGUUGGAGAUCGAAGCGCACAACGAAUCGCUGAACGAGAACAGCGUUCAAAUAUCGGUCGUCAACUCCAACGACAUAUUCGCACCGGCUAAGAUUUCCGGCGAAGAAUGGGACCGUUACUCGCUGAACAACAUAACGGCGGCCAACAAGACGCUGGUCGAGGGCAGACCGCUGCGGGCUUUCUUCGACAAGUGCCUGAGCAAAAUGAUCGACGAUCUACACAGACAAUCCAGCGCGGUCGACGAAGCGUUGAGAUUGCGGUCGGAAGAGUACCGUGAAAUGAUCGCAAAGCUCCAUCAGCAACGAGCCAGAACAGCUUCGAAAAUCGAACAAGUCCGAGAAACCGUCGGGAAAAUGCAAAACGCCAUUGCCGACAAAGAAGCGUACAUAGCCCUGGCGCACACCAGACUCAAGAACCGCACGCUCAGGGAAGGCGUCGAGCUGUGCAGGGACGAACUGGAGGCGAAACUGCACGCCGAAGUGGCCGAAUUGCAGGGCAACGUCCGGGGCUUGCGCGGCACGAUGGCCGGCUCGUCGGAAUGUCUUAGACACCUGAAACAGUCGUUUGUCCGAAUCGACACGCAGCUGGAGAUCAAAAACAAUUCACUCCGCAUCGACGGCGAGCUGUGCGUGCAACAGAGGAGACGCAUCAACUAUCGAGCCUAUUAA